GAGGAGGAGGAGGAACCGCGGGGAGCGGGCGAGGUUGCGCGCUCCCAGGGUCUCCGCCCGGGGGGAGGAGAGGGGGCUGCCGCCGCCCAUCGGUUACGGCGAGGCGAGUCCCUCGCAUUGCAGGCGCCGCGGCCGCCACGGAGGGGAGAGGCACGGCUUUGGGGCCGGCCCCGCGGAGCCCCCACGCCGAGCCGCCGGCACGGUGCGCGGCAGCAUGCGGCUCUGGCUGGGCUUCGGGCUGCUGCUCAGCGCCGAGCUCGGCGCCGUGGCCGCCGCGGGUUGUUCCGGUUGUGGAAAAUGUGACUGCAGUGGAGUAAAAGGGCAAAAGGGAGAAAGAGGCUUGCCAGGACUACAGGGUGUGAUUGGGUUUCCUGGAAUGCAAGGACCUGAAGGUCCUCCUGGGCCACCAGGGCUUAAGGGUGAUACUGGAGAACCAGGACUGCCAGGAACAAAAGGAACAAGAGGCCCACCAGGACCAUCAGGAUUUCCAGGAAACCCAGGCCUUCCUGGCAUUCCUGGACAAGACGGCCCUCCUGGUCCACCUGGCAUUCCAGGAUGUAAUGGCACAAAGGGUGAAAGAGGUCCAGUAGGUCCCCCAGGUUUACCAGGACUGACUGGGAGCAUAGGACCCCCAGGACCUCCUGGAAUGAAGGGAGAUCCAGGUGAAGUGAUUGGUCUUUUACCUCCUAGUGUGCUAAAAGGUGAUAAAGGCUUUCCUGGCCAACCUGGACUACCUGGUCCACCUGGAACUCCAGGGUUUCAGGGACCAAUGGGGCCACCAGGGCUUCCAGGAGAACCAGGUCCCCCAGGGCCACCAGGACCUCCGGGCGAAAAGGGCUACAUGGGUUUGGGCUUUCAGGGUCCAAAAGGUGAAAAGGGAGAACAAGGAGUCCGUGGUCCCCCAGGGCCACCAGGACCUGCACCACACGUGAAAGAAAAAGGAAGUGAAAUCAUAAAGGGAGAAAAGGGUGAACAAGGUGAAAAGGGAGAACAGGGUACCCCAGGAUUGCCAGGCUCAGCUUUCAGAGGAGAAAAGGGUGAACCUGGGGAUCCUGGUCCACGUGGAAAGCCUGGAAAAGAUGGCGAGCCAGGACCAAAAGGGCAACCUGGUUUGCCUGGAGGGUUUGGGAUUCCGGGACGGCCUGGGGAACCUGGUGCUAAGGGUGAAAAAGGUGAUCAAGGUCCUCAAGGUCCCCCAGGAAGAGUUAUAGAUACUGGACCAAUGGACGCCUUUGGUGAAAAGGGAGACCCUGGAGUUUCAGGUUUGCCUGGACAAAAAGGUCAAAAAGGUGAAAAAGGUUUUCCUGGUUUACAAGGAAUCCCAGGAAUUCCAGGUCGACCAGUUCCAGACAGAGUAGGAUCACCUGGUGUCCCUGGAGAGAGAGGUGAAAAAGGUGAAAAGGGUUCUCCUGGAUUCCCUUUACCUGGACCCCCUGGAAGAGAUGGUUUCCCAGGUCCCCCUGGGCUCCCUGGCCCUCCAGGUCCUCCAGGCGUAACAGAUGGAAUUGAUCAAUGCCAGCAGGGGCAACCUGGUGCACCAGGUAUACCUGGACCUCCAGGGCAACAUGGAUUUCCAGGAGAGAUGGGAGAGAAAGGUGAAAAAGGAGAAACCUGUACUUUAUGUGAUAAAGUAGGACCUCCUGGACUUCCAGGACCACAAGGACCACCAGGUCCAGCAGGUUUUCCAGGACAAUCAGGUUUCAAGGGUGACAGAGGCUUACCUGGACUUGAUGGCCUUCCAGGGGUACCUGGUCCCCCAGGUGCUCCAGGACUUAUCGGCCACCCUGGGGCAAAAGGAGAACCAGGAGAUUUUUCUUAUGAUUCUAUCCUGAAAGGUGAAAAGGGAGAUCCUGGUUUCCCAGGACAACCAGGUAUUCCUGGAAGAGAAGGAACACCAGGAAAAGAUGGAUUGCCAGGUCCACAGGGUCCAAAAGGAGCAUCGGGUACAGCUGGCUUGAAAGGAGAACGUGGUCCCCCUGGCCAACCUGGAUUCCCUGGAGUACGUGGUGAAAGAGGUUUUCCUGGCCCUCCCGGGAUAGGCACUGCAGGGUUACCUGGUGACAAAGGAGACAGAGGCUUUGCUGGAACCCCAGGUUUACCAGGCCUUCCAGGGGCAAAGGGUGAAGCAGGACGAACUAUACCACUCCCUGGACCUCCUGGGGCAGAUGGCCUUCCUGGGCCACCUGGUUUCCCUGGACCCCAAGGUGACAAAGGGAAUCCUGGGCUUCCAGGGAUACCUGGCCUGCCAGGAGAAAAAGGUGCUGUUGGACAGCCAGGUAUAGGGUUCCCUGGACCUCCGGGACCCAAAGGUUUUCAAGGUCAGCCUGGCUCACCUGGUCUACCAGGGACUCCAGGAACCCCUGGCCUGGAUGGUUUGCCAGGUACACCAGGUUUACAAGGUCAAAAAGGUGAACCUGGUGUAGGUCUCCCUGGCCCUAAAGGAUUACCAGGCCCCCCAGGCCCAGCUGGCAUCCCUGGAGAAAAGGGAAAUCCAGGACUGCCUGGCUUACGUGGUGAGCAAGGAUUCCCAGGCAUACCUGGACAGCAAGGAUUCAGAGGUGACCCCGGCCUCCCAGGACUGCAAGGCUUGCCAGGCCCCCCAGGUGCACCAGGGCUGGGCCCACAGGGAUCGCCAGGGCCUGCUGGACAGCCAGGACCCCAGGGACCACCAGGAUUUCCUGGAAUAAAAGGAGAAAGGGGCUUCCCUGGUAUCCCGGGUCUAGAUAUGCCAGGACCAAAAGGCGAUAAAGGUAGCCAGGGCCAGCCUGGAGUACCGGGGUCUGUGGGGUUACCUGGCCUGCCGGGUCCACAAGGGUCUGUUGGACUGAAAGGAUCAGCAGGAGCCAAAGGAGAAAUGGGAGUUAUGGGAACUCCAGGACUGCCAGGGACUCCUGGACCAGUUGGAGAUCGAGGGUUGCCUGGUGAAAAAGGUAGCCCAGGUUUCAAAGGGGUAGUUGGACCACAGGGUGAUCCAGGUGUCAAAGGGGAUAAAGGUGAAGCUGGUCUCCCAGGAGUACCUGGAAGCAUGGAUACCAUGGACAUGGUUAGUCUCAAAGGCCAAAAGGGAGAUCCAGGAGAAAAAGGGGACCAUGGACCAACAGGAGAAAAAGGGUUACGUGGAGAGUAUGGAGAACCAGGAAUUCCAGGAAAGGAUGGUGAACCUGGUACUCCAGGACAUCCAGGACCAAAAGGUGAUCAGGGCCCCCCAGGGUACCCAGGAGAUCCAGGAAUUCCAGGACAAAAAGGAUCAGUUGGUGAAAUGGGUUUGCCAGGAACACCUGGAGAAAAGGGUCUGCCUGGAGUACCAGGUUCACCAGGCACACCAGGGUUCCCUGGGCAAAAAGGUGAAAAAGGAGACAAAGGAGCAGCAGGUUUUCCUGGAAUUGGCUUUCCAGGGUCUCCUGGUGAGAAGGGAGAACCUGGAAGAACGGGUAGUCCAGGUUUAUCUGGAGACAAGGGUGAAAAGGGUAAUAUAGGAAUGCCAGGAAUACCAGGUGCCCCAGGUCCCAAAGGAUCUCCUGGCAUGGCAGGAUUUCCAGGGAGCCCUGGCCGCCAUGGAGAAAAGGGUGAAAAAGGACUUCCUGGCUUAAGUGGCAUCCCAGGUUUAAAAGGAGAACCAGGUGAACCUGGUGUUCCGGGUCCUGCUGGUUCCAUUGGUCAGAAGGGUGAACCAGGUUAUGAUGGGAUUCCAGGUGCUGCUGGUGCAAAGGGUGAACAAGGUAUUCCAGGUAGAGGACUUCCAGGAUUUCCAGGUGCAAAGGGAGACAAAGGUGCGAAAGGCGAUGUGGGUUUCCCAGGAUCCCCAGGAAGUCCGGGGAUCCCAGGCCUAAAAGGAGAACCAGGAUAUGCUGGUCCACCAGGCCCUAAAGGCAACCAAGGUCUUCCUGGACUACCAGGAAUUGCAAUGGAGGGCCCUAAAGGAGACAGAGGACCCCAAGGCCAACCUGGCCUUCCAGGUUUACCAGGUCCAAUAGGGCCACCAGGGCCACCAGGUCUGAAAGGGACCAAAGGAGAGCAGGGGAGCGAAGGCUGGCCUGGGACUCCUGGAGGUCCAGGAGUCAAAGGUGAUCCAGGUUUCCAGGGUCUGCCAGGUAGUCCAGGUUUACCAGGAGAUAUCGGUCAAAAGGGUGAUCUAGGACCUCCAGGAGUUCCAGGAGUUCCAGGUCCAAAAGGAUCUCCAGGCUUCCCAGGCCUUAAGGGUGAGCGAGGUGACCAAGGUCUUCCUGGAUCUAAAGGUUUACAAGGCCCACCGGGCCCGCCAGGUGCUUUUCAGCUUGUCAAAGGAGAGCCUGGCUUACCUGGCCCUGUAGGACCAGUUGGUCUCAAAGGGUUCCCAGGACUUCCAGGUCCCAAAGGACAGCAAGGAGUGACAGGACCUUCAGGUGUACCUGGACCACCUGGCAGUCCAGGGUUUGAUGGCAAACCUGGGCAAAAAGGAGAAGUUGGUCCUUAUGGUCCCCCAGGGCCCAGAGGAUUCCCUGGUCCACCUGGUCCUGAAGGUUUGCCUGGGGCUAUGGGCCCACCAGGUGCAGCAUCUGUUGCUCAUGGCUUCCUUGUUACCAGACAUAGUCAAACCAUUGAAGAACCACUAUGUCCUUCGGGAACGAGGCUCAUUUAUCAUGGCUACUCCUUGCUUUAUGUACAAGGCAAUGAAAGAGCACAUGGCCAAGAUCUGGGCACGGCAGGGAGCUGUCUUCGUAAAUUUAGUACUAUGCCUUUCUUAUUCUGCAAUAUCAACAAUGUAUGUAACUUUGCAUCAAGGAAUGACUAUUCCUACUGGCUGUCAACGCCUGAACCCAUGCCAAUGAGUAUGGCUCCUAUCACUGGGGAAAGUAUCAGACCAUUCAUCAGCAGAUGCGCCGUGUGUGAAGCCCCUGCUAUGGUAAUAGCUGUUCACAGUCAAACAAUUCAAAUACCACCAUGUCCUGAAGGCUGGAGUUCACUUUGGAUUGGUUACUCCUUUGUCAUGCACACCAGUGCUGGUGCUGAGGGCUCUGGCCAGGCCCUGGCAUCUCCUGGUUCCUGCCUAGAGGAGUUCCGCAGCGCUCCCUUCAUUGAAUGCCAUGGCCGGGGCACCUGCAAUUAUUAUGCAAAUGCUUACAGCUUCUGGCUUGCCACUAUAGAGAGGAAUGAGAUGUUCAAGAAACCGACUCCGUCAACUUUGAAAGCAGGGGAUCUGCGCUCAAACGUUAGCCGUUGUCAAGUCUGUAUGAGAAAAACAUAAUGACUUUUGAAUUUCAACUAAUUUCACACAAUAUGGUGCUAUUUGUUUAACAGCAAUGAAGCCUAGACAUAUAUCAUAUGUACCUCAUUGUUGUCCAAUAUGAAAACAGUAAAGUGCCUUUUAGGAACUUGCAUAACUAACACACACUGCUUUACUGGCCCUGUCCUUGCUGAAGAAGAAAAGAGACAACAAAGAUAAGCUUCAAAUGUUGACAUGCCAAAUGGCACUUUUGAUCAAAAAAUACAUAUUUUUUAUAUAAAUGCAAUGCACUGAUAGAAUAAAAAGUCAGCAUUCAUCCAGAAAAAUGCAAAGGUGCUAGGAGGUAUGCAGUUCUGCCUUAUACUGUUUGACUCCCCUUUCUCAUUCUUGUAUUAUAUAUUUAGAUUCAUUUUUCUUCCCCAGAUAAGUUUGUUGUUACCAUUAUUUAGGUGUCUCAAAAUCCCACACUCUUGGGUAUGUACUUAUUGUUCCUGUACAAAGCAAUACUAAUGUAAAAAAAAAAAAAAAAAGGAGUUUUGGGAUUACAGACUGUGGUUAACCAUCUUUUCAAAGCAUAGAUUGCCAUCCUGCAAACCUUUGCUUCUGUUGUAGUCCUUAGUGCUAUUGGUUUUAAUGGGACUACAUCUGGAAGAGAUUGCCAAAUUGGGCUCACAAAUAGGCAAGUGUUUCUGCUAUGUUGGUACUAUGCAGCUUCUUUAUGCAGUAGAACAAACUUUCCUGUGGAAUAAAGAAUGAUCCAGCAAUGGUCAAGAAAAAAAAUAUAUAUAAAUAUUUUAGUAAUUUAUAUAGAUAUUGACCAUUAGGCUUUGAGUUUAUCAUUUUGAAAAGAAGCUUACAAAAGUUUUCUUCUUUUCAGUGUCAUAAAUUAAAUGCCAAUAUAUGAUGUGAAAUGUUCAUUUUACAUAGGUCAUUUCAAUGCCAAAGUUGCAGAUACUGAACCCAGGUUAAUAGCUAUUUGUGUUUAUUAUAGUAAAUCCUGCUUUGAGCUUAUAGUCUUUAUUCUGUAUUUAAUGUUUUUCAGGGUUUUAAACACUACUCACACACUGAAUGACUUGAUAUUGAAAAGGAUAAGGCCUUAAUUUUGUUAAUAUUGUGCCAAAAAAUUCUUCAAAGUAGCCUCAAAAAUAUUUCUAAAGAAUUUCUAUGCAGCAAUACCAAUGUUUGAGCACAUCAGCAUCCAAAGGUGUUUUAUAGUCUAUAACCAUGAAAAUACCAAAAGAUUUUUGCAAAUGUCAAGGCCUUUGUGUAAUUUCUUAAAUGUGUAUUAUUUCUUAAGAGUUCAAGUUUGUAAUAAAACUAUUUGUGUAAAAAAAAAAAAAAGCAGAAGAAAAGAAAAAAGUUUUUACUAAUUUGUUAUUAGCAUUCAUUUACAGCAAUGAACUAAUUUUGAAUAAGCCACCAAUAAAUGCACAAGCUUAAUGCAAUCACAGAUUAUUUUUGUUUUGCACAUCUUGCAGAUGUACAAAGCAUCUUCAAAAGGGGAAAGCAGGACAGUGUACAGACACCUCAAUUGUUACUGUGUAAGAACUGGUACUGAUAGACAAAGCAUGGAUUAUGCAUCUGUUACUGAAAUGUGUUUGAUGUUAACGUGUUACAGAAAUACUCAAACUUCAUCUUAGCUUAUGGGAAGCAGUCAAGAUACAGAAUUUUUUCACUCUUCCUUUGAAUUUUCCUAGACAAAAUGGAACUAAAUUGUACAGGGUGAAAAUCAAAGUAUCUGAUAUAAUUUUGCUUGUAAGCAGGGAAGGUGAAUCUUUGCUCAGGUUGUCUGAAGAGGAAAUGGGCCAUGAUAUCUUUUUUCCUUGGCAAAAGCACAUACUUUGUUAAUGUUGCAUAUUGUUUUCCCAAAUUCAUGGGUAGGCUGCUGCUGCUGCUGUUCUGAACUGACUUUCACUUAAAAUCCUUGAGAACAUUGGCUGGCCGAAUGACUGGGUGCCCCUGAAUAGAAAUUGGCCAUUUCCUUCAGUUCUGAGUCUUACUCUCAUGGAAGAGUUCUGACAGAUGAUCAUUUUAUUUAUAAAUGACCAGUCCUCAUAAAAGUCCUUUACCAGCCUAUGAAGUACAGUAAUGUGUUUCUGUCUAAUCAGCCUGGUGAAGGGUUUUCCAAAGUGCUGUAUGUGCAAAGUAUGUAUGUAUGAGGAAGAGGAGAACAGAGGGUGAUUCCUCUUGUUGUCUAGGAGGAGUGAUGCAGACAUUCAGCCUUCUCCAAUUCAGAGAAUCAAAGCUACUGGUCAGACGUCUUAAUUGCACUCUACAGCUUAUCUCCAAGGAGUUAUCUCAGCUAGGGGUUUAGUUUGAUUGGUUCAAAUCACCUCAGAACUGAUAGAUGGUUGAUUUUUUAAGUCCUACAUGCACGUUGUAAUCAAAUUUGUGCAUAAGAAAACAAUUCCCUUUGCUGGUAAAGGGACUACUCAUUGCAGCUGGGUGUGUACUAACCUGUAUUUUCUUAAAUGGGAGCAUUUUGUAAACAAGGUCCUUUGGAAAAAAAAUUAAUCAAAAAACAUUUGAACUAUAGUUUUAUGUCAUACUUACCUAGUAGGAAUUAUUUAUUCCAUAACCUCCAGCUCUUAAAAUGACCUAAACCUCUGUAAUGCUUGAUAUGCUGUUUCUACUUAAAUGAAUGAGUAAACUUGUCAGUGGUUAUUGAAUACAAAUCAGAUCUCCUGAAAAUACUGUGAAUGCUGGAUUUUGAUGCCCUGCAUGAGGAAGAGCCCACAUACUAAAGCAGAACAGUUGUGAAAUUCUUUCUUUCAAAAGUCUGUAAGUAUCCCAUAUUCAGUCAUUCUUGGCCAGCUUUGUUGCUACAGUACAGUUCAUUGUGUGAACAGGCAACUGCAAACACGUGAUUUGUUAAAAUUGUCUUGCAUAAGCUUAAAUUUCAGGAAAAAGCUUUCCUAAAGAAGUACAGCUUGUUUAGUAGGCCUGACUGUUUUUGAAUGCAGUACUUGAAGAGUAACUUUCAUGACCCAAAUAAAUACAUUUCUAAAACA